AUGUCUUCCCCCGCGCCGGCCGCCAAAGACAUGCGCAAGAAGGUCUUGCGCGUCUUGUUCCUUUCUCUGCUUCUGGACUUGAUAUCCUUCACCUUCAUCCUACCCCUCUUUCCCAAGCUCCUCGAAUUCUACCGCGACCACGAAGCGCGCCGCGCCAUUGCGGGCGCCUCGCCCACCGUCCUCGCGCGCGUCCUCUCCGGCCUCAACGCGUACAAGAAUGCCUUCGCCAAGCCCAUCAACGACCGCUAUGACAUAGUGCUGCUGGGCGGGGCGCUGGGCUCGCUGUUCAGCUUGCUGCAAGCCAUUGCGUCGCCGAUCAUUGGCAAGCUGUCAGACCGGUACGGGCGGCGCAGGGCGCUGCUGUGGAGCAUGGUGGGCAACAUCCUGAGCGUGGCGCUGUGGGUCGCGGCGACCGACUUCCGCACCUUCCUGGCCAGCCGCGUCGUCGGCGGGCUGAGCGAGGGCAACGUGCAGCUGGCCAUGGCCAUUGCGACGGACAUCAGCGACGACUCGCAGCGCGGAGCGACCAUGGCGCUCGUGGGCGCCUGCUUCUCCAUCGCCUUCACCUUUGGCCCCGCCCUCGGCGCCUGGCUGUCCACCAUUACGUCCGUGGCCGCGAACCCGUUCGCCACCGCCGCUGGCUUCUCCCUCUUGCUCAUCGUCACCGAGACGCUGUACUUGUACCUCGCGCUGCCGGAGACGCUGCCCAGCGUCCGCUCGCGCAAGAGCGGCAGCACCAAGGGCUCGAAGAAGCAGUCCAAGCCGGCGGCGGCAGCUGCGCGCGCCCGCACCAACUCCCACGCCCUCCUCAACUUCACGCACUUCAUCUUCGUCUUCUUCUUCAGCGGCAUGGAGUUCUCCCUCCCCUUCAUGACGUACGACCUCUUCAGCUACGGCGCCAAGGAGUCCGGCCGCCUGCUCGGCUUCAUCGGCCUGAUCGCGUCUAUCCUGCAGGGCAGCGUGACGCGGCGCCUGCACCCGCUGCGCGUCGUGCAGACGGGCGUGCUGGCGUGCGCGGCGGGCUUCUUCCUGCUCGGCCGCGUCGACUCGGAGAAGGGCCUGUACGCCGCGGCGGCGUGUCUGGCCGUCACGAGCGCGACGGUCGUCACCGGCUUGAACAGCCUGAGCAGCUUCGAGGCGGCGGAGGGCGAGCGCGGCGGCAAGCUGGGGAACCACAGGAGCUUUGGCCAAGCCGGUCGCUCCCUCGGCCCCCUCAUCUUCUGCUCGCUGUACUGGUGGGCCGGGCGCGAGUUCGCGUACGCGGUUGGCGGCGCGGGCAUGGUGGGCGUGUGCGCGCUGGUGCUGACUGCGCUGAAGGCGCCGCCGGGGACCGAGGUCAAGAGCAAGGCGAAAAAGGGCCAGGUGCCCGCGGCUGGAAAGUCUUAA